AUGUCGCAAUCACUGCGCCCGUAUCUGUCCUGCGUGCGGCAGACGCUGACCGCCGCGCUCUCAUUAUCGAACUUCGCAUCGCAAGCCUCUGAGCGACACAACGUCCCCGAGAUCGAGGCAAAGACCUCGCCCGAGGUCCUGCUGAACCCACUUACCGUCUCGAGGAACCAAGAAGAGCGCGUUCUGGUCGAGCCUUCGGUCAACAGCGUCAGGGUCAGCAUACGGAUAAAACAGGCAGACGAGAUUGAGCACAUCCUCGUGCACAAGUUCACGAGAUUCUUGACGCAGAGAGCAGAGGCCUUCUUCAUCCUGCGAAGAAAGCCGGUGCCUGGAUAUGACAUCUCCUUCCUCAUCACCAAUUUCCACACGGAGGAAAUGUUGAAGCACAAGCUGGUGGACUUCAUUAUCCAGUUUAUGGAGGAGGUGGACAAGGAGAUAUCAGAGAUGAAGCUCUUCUUGAACGCCCGAGCACGUUUUGUGGCCGAGAGCUUCCUGACUCCAGUAAGAUUUGUCAACCUUCUGCUUGAUUCGACGCGCGACUGA